AUGGCCGAACGCAAAUCGGCCUACGGUGCCCCUGCCUCAGAUACCGACUUUCGCAGAACCUGGGACAAGGCUGAAUAUGAAGCAAAGGCCAAAAAGGAGAAGGAGGAGCAGCGAGAAGAAGCCAAGGCACGGUAUGAAGCCAAAUUAGAAGGAAAGAAAUGGCACAAGCCAGUGGAUUUCUCGGCUCUCGAGUCGACGUCGGCGAGAAACUCGCGACUGGACGUGGCUAGCAUGGUCGGAAAAAGCACACUUGUCCCUGCAGGGUCGACCGUUGGAAAGCGAGGCAAAGGCGCUGGGUUCUACUGCGAGGCUUGCGAUCUCACCUACAAGGACAACGUACAAUACAUUGAGCAUCUGAACUCGAAGCAACAUCUUUUCAACACGGGCCAAUCUGGGGACGUGAAGCGUGCGACACUGCAGGAGGUCCGGGAAAGACUCGAAAUGCUCAAAGCCCGCAAGAGGCAACAAGAGGAAGAGGAGAAACGGCUAGGAGAAGUUGAUAUUCAGGCCCGAAUCAAGAAAGCUGAAGAGCUGGACGCGGCCGAGAGGGAGGAGAAAAGACGUAAACGAAACGAGAGGCGGAGGAAAGGCGGUGGCGAGAAUGGUAUCAAGAAGGAAGACGAGUGGGAAGGCCGACUGGGAAUCAUCCACUGA